CAUCUAUUCCUUUGCUUCUUGCAAAACAAACAAAUUUUCUCUGUUUUUUUGUUUCUUUUUUCUUUUUAAUCUUUUGUUAAGUAGAGUAGUAGUAGUAGUAAAAAUAAUAAGGUGGUUUGCGGAAAAAUGAACAUCGUCCUCGAUGUUGGAUUCAGAUUCCUUCCGCCAGAUGAAGAGAUCAUCAGUUUUUUCCUUUCGAAAAAGAUGAUUGGCGACAAUGAUCGCACCCGCAAUAUCAGAGAGGUCGACCUCCUCCAGCAGGAGCCCUGGGAAUUACCUGCUCUCUCUAUAGUCCGGUCGAGAUAUCAAGAGUGGCUUUUCUUCUAUAAACUAAACAAGGUUUCCCACCGAAAAACCGAGAGGACAACGCCGGCUGGAUAUUGGAAAUCUACGGGUCAGGAUAGGGAGAUCAGGGAUGGAGGUAGGUUGAUUGGUACCAAGAAGACUUUGGUUUUCUACGAAGGUCGCACUCCUCGUGGGGUCAAAACGGAUUGGGUCAUACACGAGUACCGUGCCACUGCCGACUUCGUUCCUCCUAAUGCGGAGAAAAGUUAUGUGGUUGGUCUCUUAAGGAACAAAGCUGCCGAGAAGACUGAAAAUUCAAGCUCAAUUAAUGGUCAAAUUAAUGGUCAGCCAAGUAGCCAUUUGGCGGCUUCUAGUUCCCAAAAUAAUUCAGUUGGAGUUACACAUAUGGAGGUGGCUCCUCUACCACAGUCUAAUAGUAUGGAUUACGAAAUAGCUUUGCAGACACAGUUGGAAUAUGAGGGUAUCUUUGAUUAUGAUCUCAAUGACCGGAGCAGGAUGGAAGAAGAAGGUAUCACAUUGGAAGAUAUCCCAUCGUCCAAUGACUUGGAUUAUGAUGAUGAGAGUGAGUGGCGACUUCAAUUUGACACCAUUGAGCCGGAAAAGGAUUUCAUGACUUCCAUGUUUCCUGACCAAGACGACGGCUUCUAUGCGGAGACAGGGUACCCCCUUCGUCCUAAUUACGGAGCACCAGGCUUUGCUGAGGACAGCAGUGACACUGACCUGGAACAGGCAAAUGCAUGGUGUGAUCAGAUUGUUCACCAUAUGUCUGAUGGGACUGGCCGUGGACGUUCAGAAGGAUUCUAUCAAAAGCGAAUGGAAACUGGUUUCCAUCACGAUGAGGUCCUGAUAAUGGAUUCCAGUGUUGACUCGGCAACCGUUACAGCCUACGAGAUCAAUUGUCUUGAAUCGGUCCUGGAGGGAAAGUCUGUUACAAGAACCUGCAAAUCUCAGUAUGAGCCAAGAUCCCACAAGUCAGUGGUGCAGGGGCAUCCUCGAAGGGUCCAAUUGCAGGGUAAAUCUUCAGGGAAAGCAGUAUCCAGAGACAAGGCAAGAGAAAGUGGUGUACGUGGUCCUGUUGUUAAACUUGCCCGUAACAAGAAAUCCAUUGUGCAGUCUAACAAAGACCCUAAAAUGGAUCGGGAUAAGAAUACACAAUCAGAUUUGAUCUCAAGAUCUAAGGGGUCAGCUGGCAGCAGUAGAAAAAAUUCUUUCAAUUCCGUGGAGAUGUCUCAGCUAAGCUGCAAAACAAAUCCACCAUUAGUAUAUGUUGGAAAUGUACUUUUGGGCGUGAUUUUGUUCAUAGUUGUAGUUUGGGAAGUUCUGUUUCUUCAUUAGGUAAAGUUGCGUAUGUUUCAGGCAUUCCAUUUUGUGAGGAGACAUGGGAGAGCCGCAGGGUCAUGCCUGGUCUUAGACUCUAGACCGUUUGGCUUGUGUCUCUUUAGUGAUAAAAAUUGGAAUUAUGACCCUGAAAAUCUAAAUAUUUUCAGAACCUUGUUGUUUUAAUUUUAAUAAUAAAAAAAAAGUUGUGUGUGA